GGGAAGGGUGUCGUGUGGCAAGGGGUCUCCUAUUUAUAAAAACGAAUGUUCACCUCUGUCACUCGGAGACUGCCAUGGCUGAAAAGGGUUCACAAGUGAUUGAUGAGUAUUUGAUGAAAAUACAGUUUAUAAUCCAGUGGAAACUCUGCGAUAAAGAAUAGAUAGAUCUCUCCCUCCCUAGCUCGAGCUGUGAAGCUUGUGAUUUCGACAGCUUGGUGAAAGGUGAAGCUCCAGCUCGUCUGAUACUGUCUGAUCGGGGGCCGUUGCUAGAACAAAGAAUUGUGAUGAAGGAUGGAGAGAGUUGAAAAUUUUCAAUCAAACCCAGCGGCUAUGGGACUCCAUCGCCUAGUUCACCACAAACCCAAAACAAAACUCUUUUGUGCAUUGAUGAUGCAUUCCCGGCAUUCCUGAUUACUUUUUGAACACGCUUCGGUGCAUUUAUUGCCUGCAGUUUGUGUGUUGCCUUUGCCAAACCGACCGACCGACCGAACGACCGUCCCGGGGAGCUUUGCACCAUACUAGUCGAUAGUCAAAGAAGGUCUUUCGGGCGGGCGUCAAGACCUUCGCUGCAAUUGUAUGCGGACGGCACGUUUUAUAAAAUAAAUUAUCCUUUAAAGUUUGCUCAAUCAUGGCCAUCGUUUGCCAUUGCUAAAUGGUCGCAGCCCGAAACUGACCUACUUCAACGCGUCGGGUCGUCUGGAGGCUGCGGAUGGUAGCGUUUGCCUGCAAACCGGCUGCCCUUUGCAGUGGCGUCACCGGUCACCAUCUUCGUCCUGACCUUUCACAAUGGUGCUACUUGGGUUGGGUUUGUUUGGCUCGGCCGUCGAAGGUUGGUGCUCCUGCCGGGUUCCGGCAAUGCCAUAGGCCGAGUAAUAAAUUCGCCCUGGCUUCGCCAGGUUCGCCACUCUCCGGCCUUGGCGGGUUUCCAAAACGUUGCCGAAUAAGAAGGUCAGUCCGAAUAAGGAGUUUCGAGAGGGAUGAGUUUCGAUAGUGAUUUAUCGCUAAGUAGUUGUGUACUGCAAUUUGGUCAAGCGUUUGUCUGCAGAAGUGUCUAAGAUGUCCUCCGCAUCACCGCAUUCGUCUUGUGCCUGUUAAUGAGUUCUGCAAAGGCUGUGAGGGAAGGCUAUGACCGUGACACAUGGUGAAGCUCGAUAGAGAAAGAAAGUAAGUCGCCUUUUUCGCUGAAUCGUUGAGAAGUGUUCGAAGCUUUCGAAAGCUCAAAGCAGAAAACUUGUGACAGAGUGAUUAGUAAUCAGCGGGCAGAGAGGCAGGGCUUUUCAUUAAGAUCACAAGCUGUAAUGACACAGCGAUUUAUGGAGCACGAUUUGUACCAAUUUGUUCCGUUUAACAGACAUCCUUGAACCAGUGUAAGCGCAGUGGCUGCGAUGGGGAGAACUGUUCUUUUGAGCUUGAUAGGAAUAAUCAGUCAUGACUUUGUGGAAUUUCGUUUGAAACUUUUUUGCUCACGGUUGUUUUUUGCUUGGAUCGUGAAGUACUUAUGAAGCUAUAAAUAUAGGUACAAAAUACUACCUCAAGCAUUAAAUGUAAAUCAAUGGAAUAUGGAGUAGAAUUUGCGAUAUUCUAGAUGUCUAAAGCGAUAUAGAAAACGGUCAUUCUUUGUGACAAAAAACAUGGUAGAAAAAAUAAUACAAUAAAAACAGUGUUGAUAUUGUCAAUGAAAGAGUUUCUGAGCUGAGUGACCCAACGUAAAGCCGAUUAGAUAAUCAGAAACAGCUGAAAGUUGUAGUUGUCAAACAAUCAUUAUCUUUUUUUCUGUUCAGUGUGAAGAUAACCGAAACGAGAGUUGAUUCUGCAAGUCACACGAAUCACACGAAUCGUGUCGCCCAUUACAUCCACCAAAUGAUUCACAACCAAGCGUUACAACUGUUUGUAGAUAACGGUGUUACACUGGACUUGAGUCCAUCAGUCGCACGCAGUCGCUCGAAGAAAGCGAGAGUGCAAUCAUGUCCGUAGAAGAAAGUCCCGCCAUUAUUAUUGACAACGGCAGUCACACGGUGAAGGUGGGUUUCGCUGGCGAGGAUGACCCGGCGGAGAUUUUUCGUAACGUUGUGCAGUUAUCGGAGAGCACGGAUGGCGUCAUCCGAAGUGUUGGUGUGGCGUCGAAACAGCCGUCGAGCCGUGCUGUCAGUCCGAUUCAGCGAGGGCAGCCAUGCGAUUGGGAUGCGCUGGAAAGGGUUUGGGAGUACACGUUCAAAGAUGUGUUGAAGGUCGCGCCGGAAGAUCACAACGUGCUGCUCACAGAUCGACCGCUCGGGUGCAAGACAAACCGUGAACGGGCCGUUCAAAUAAUGUUCGAAAAGUUCUCGACACCUGCCACUUACAUGUCGAUGCAAGCAACGCUGGCACUGUACGGGGCUGGGCGUACCAGUGGCACGGUGGUUGAUGUUGGCGAUGGGUGUACGAGUGUUGUACCCAUCCACAAAGGCACUCCCGUCAUCGAAGCUAGCACGAACGUUGAUUUCGCUGGGUGCGAUAUGGUGGACUAUCUGGCAGGUGCACUCAACGUAAGUGACCGAGAAGUAGCGCGACAGCUGAUGGAAAAAGUGUGUGCGGUUAGUGCCGAUAUGGAAAAGGAAGUGAUGAACAAAGUUGAUUUUAAAGCAUCCGAUGGAUCGGUCCUCAGCAUUGGAGCAGAGCGAUAUCGAUGUGGAGAGGCAAUGUUUAAUCCAUCGGUCGUAGGUCACCGACAGAUAACACCAUUGCAAGAGCUAAUUGCAGAAAGCGUGGCUUCUUGUAAGGAGGCCAGUCGGAAGGACCUCUAUGCAUACAUCGUGCUUGCUGGUGGACCGACGAUGCUGAAUGGAUUUCCGGACCGUUUGCAAAGCGAGCUGACGAAGCUGGUUCCAUCCCAGUAUCGAUGCAAGGUGGUGACGACCCAGCAGCCGAUAGUGACCGUUUGGGCUGGGGGAUGCUUGGUCGCGCAAAGUCCCAUGUUCCAGCAAUCGUGGGUAACGAAGCAAGAGUAUGAAGAAUUCGGUGCUGAUGUUAUUCGCCGGAAAUGUGUUUAAGGUUGUGAGAGAAUUUCAUCUAGAAAGUGAAGUGUGUUGUGCAAGGCAUUUUAUUUUAGCGGAAGUAAGAUAAUUUUUUCGAACAUAGCUACACGCCGCAAUCAAGAUCGAAUGGAGAAAAAUAAAAUGAAACGGCGAUAAUUCAACACAUCUGUAGUUUUGUUUAAUGUUUUAUCGAGAAUAGGUUUAAGUGAGAGGGCUGAUUCAGAUUUAUAAAAUUUAGAUGUUAUGGUGUUGAUGAUUAACGUCUAUUUGAAAGUUUGUCGAAAUCUGUGGAUUCCCGAAUUGAAAUGAACAAUCAUCGUCACAAUCAACCUCCCGUGUUGCGUUCACCCAUACUAUAAUGAUAACACGUACUAAUGCCGCACCUGUAUUUUACCAAAUUGUCUGUUUUCAAAUAUUUUGUUUCAUAAUAUGUCUAAUGACCAUAAUAAUCUGUUCUAACGAGGUGCUUGAGCAUCAAAGCAUAUUCGACAUUUUAGCUUCAAAUUAUUCUUAAAUUUCCAUUUUGUAAGCAAAUCGAUUUUUAUUGAAGGUAUUGGACCUUAAAAUAAAUCAGCCAGCUGUAGGCUAUUAAUUUGGUACAUUUUUGGCCGUUCCGUAAAAAAAUUAAACGUGUCAAUGACCCCCAAAACCUUGAAUAACAAAAAACCCUUACAAAAUUGUCCUCGCAACUUUUUACUCAUGAUCUGGCCAUUAACCUGGAAGCUUUAUAUGCAUACAAAAUCACCUCCAGUUAAAGUUGAAGCAUUUAAACAGUAAAUACUCGUUAUACAGAUUAUGAGCUCGUAUAUGCAAAAAAUUAAAUGAUAUAACAUGACCUAUGCUGACAUGUUCCGAUCGGACAACUCUUUGAAUUUUUAAAUUAUUAAAUUUUACAUAGGCAAAUAUGUGCAAGAAAUCAAGCGAUAUGUUACUUCUUAUGAGUUUACUCAUUCCUCCUUAACGUCCAAUAAUUUCACUUAGAGGAGGAAUAAGCCUUCUUCUAAAUUGGAGCUACAACCUUGAAUGGCCGCGGUCUGACAUUUCAGGCUUUCUGUGACUUGAUUUUAACUCGUACCAAGGUUAUCAGCGCUGCGUACGGGGAGUCUGUCGGCAAUCCAUCCAAUUUCAAUCCAUUUAGUGAGUUCUAUUAUUCAACACAGAACAGAAAGGGAACAGAUUUCUGUUCUGUUCCAUUUACGUCCGAUGAUCACAUGAUCUUGAUGCACCUUUUAUCAAAUAAUGUAUCGAUCCAUCUUGACUGUUUUCUAUUUUAUACUGUUUCUUACUACAUUUUAAAAUAGAGUUAGUAUUGUAAUAGAAGAUUAGACAAAAUGAUGAGCGGAAGGAUUGCAACUAAUAGCGCAAUAGUGUGUGAAUUAGGAGAGCGUCCGUAGAAAGUGGUAUUAGUGUAUAAGAUAAGUUCAUUCCCCAUGGUGUAAUGCGCAUUGCCUAUCUGAAGGCGCAACCAACGGAUCACUGCAAAACUGAUCGUUUCAUAUCUCUUAGGCCAUAGCAGUUUUGUGUAAAUGCCAGUUUACAGUACAUAUUAUUCCUCCAAUCUGUAAAUUAUGUCACAAUGAAAAUCUUAGUGGUUAGUGAUGAUUGUGACAAUAAUAGCAUUCCGUAAAGUGAUUUUGUCGCACUAAAGCCGUUUGCUCACUUAUCACAUCAUUUCCGCUGAAGGAACUGAAAAUUAGCGGUAAAUAAAACGCCGGAAAUUUAUGGUUCCCAGCCAGCGGCGAACUUAAAAGGGAAUAAAAUUCUCAAAUAAAUUGUUCCCAUUUCCCUGCCCAUGCCGAAACUGCCAUGCCAGAUGACGAAAUCAAACUGGAUAUCUAAAUAGAAGAAUUGAAUCGAGGAUGAAAAUAACGAAAAAAAACGUAACGCAAUCGAAUUUAACUGAUGGUGCUUGGCGAGAAGUAGCUUUUCAUUAUUUAUUGCAACCGCGGGUUGAAUGCUGCUGCCUGCCGAGCGGUGGGAAAAAAAGGGAAACUUAUUCGAUUUGGAGCGCAUUGCCGUUAUCGUUCAAUUCAAUUAAAAGUGGGCAAACCAAACGAACGAAGGCAAUUUAUUACCAUUCGGUACCGUAAAAUCCAAUCAUUUGCGGUCGAAGGAAAUAACACUCGCACGGUCCAGGCCAGCCGUAAUGACCGGCCUGCAUGGCGGUGUGUGGGUAUGGCUUUUUCCAAAUGUAUGACGACUGUUGCAGUGGGAAAUAUCGUUGCGGCAACGAGGGGUUUCGUGGAAAUGAGUGCGGUGAGUCACGGGUGAGGCCCAUUUGAAUGCUUGAUGAAAUGGUCGCCAUUCUGAUUGGUUCGGGACUAUCAGUUGUGUGAUGCGAACGCGCUCUGUGUUUUGGUGACACAGUUGUCAAGGUGAUCGUAAUUUCAGGAUUGGAAAACUCGUGUCGUUGUCUGAAUAGAGCUGACUAUAUCGUGUGUGUUUCUGAUGGUAUAGGGGUGUACAAUUCAGUGGCUCUUUGUACUUUGCGUGGAUCAAUACGACUCGGUUUGCUGCGUUUGUGCUGGGCUUUCAAUAUUUAUAUGAUCACCUACCACCACAAAUCCCUUGUCAUAUUAUGUAACACACAAAAUAGGCUUACAAUUGAUCAUGCCUGACGGCAUGGAAUCCUCUUUGCAGUGCGGACGUGUAGAUUUCGGUACGCUUGUGUUGCCGGAUGUUGCGGGACUGCUCGACGGAGCGCACGUGAAUUGAAAUCCGCAAGUAAAUGUAAUAGAAAACGUGACGGUUAUUUUUGCUGUAAGUGUGCCAUUUUCUUGGUUCUGGAAGCACAUCUUGCUUGGUGAGUGAGAUUUUCCAUCGACAAAGGGGUGUAUUUGUGGCUAGUCGAAUGCAAUCCUCCUUGGAUGUGUGUGGCUGAGAAUUGAAUUCGGAAUUCAAUCUUCACAUCUUUUGCUGAACUAGGAAAUAUUUCCGGGAGGUUUUUUAUAUAUGCUAUCUGAGCUGUUUUGUAUUGCAAAAAAUAAAAUAGCUGCAUAUAUUGCAAUAAGAUUUGAUAAACUCAACAUAUCAGCUGACAAAUUUUUUGCAAUACGGCCAGGCUUUUAGGUUUUUUUUAGGUUUGGUUUACAUUGAUCAUUGAAAAAUGUUUUUAUGUGCUAGAAUACAAGCAUUUGAAUUUGAGGAAUAUUUUCAGUAUACAAUUGUAUGAAUUUAUCUCUUAUUAGUAUAAGUACAUCUUUUUUUACCUGGCUUAAAUGCCUGCGUGGUCAUCUACUGGCCUAUACGACUUAAUGAUAAUAUUUUCAAGACUUUUCCAGACAACCUUGAUAAUUCCAGAAGAAAAUCAUUCUCCCAAGAUGCUUGGUGACAUCGAGAACAAUUUUUUAGGGGCUCUAUAUGCUCUAAGCUCUUGGUUUUCACUCCUUUACUUUUGAACAGUUCAUAUUCGUAAUGGCACAUUUUGUUACGUUGGACUUGUAUAGAGCGAUCCAAAGUCUACCAUAUAAUAGCUUUGGAAAUACCAUUAAAAAAUCCUCUUGACAAGAGCAUUCUCAACAUCGAGGCCUUACCUCGGGUAGGGAGACUCUCGAAGCUCAUUGUCAGAUCAAGUCUUCUAGGCUAAUGUCUCAAGUACUGAUUUGGAAUAUUCGGAUGGAAUAUGCUAUACAUCUCUUACAUCAUUUUGAAGUCGGAAGCAUUCCCUUUGACGCGUGGGGAGACGCUCAAAACUCUUUGAAUAAAUGGAAAGCCAGAUUUAGAGCUUCAAUUUUCAAUCAGUCAGCAAACUUUCUUUGACUGGCGAGAAAGUAAAGCUGUAUUCAAGCAGAUUUGGAAUGAUUCUUUUCCUUAACAGCUUGUAAAUCUUGCAGUCUUUGCAAAAUGCAGUGUUGGAGUAUUUGAUAAUGUAUGAUUUGUUCAUGUUGCGGUUAGGAGAUAACCAUUAGACAAAAUUAGACAAAUGUCUUAUCCGUACAACAGAUACCUUCUACCCUAUUAACAUGUCCCCCUAAAAAUGACAGAAAGUAUUGUGAAAAUAUAAGGUAUAUGUUUAAAUGUAACACUCUACUAUAAAGUGUCACUCAAGUUUAGAUUUACAAAUGUUAAAAUAAGCGAAAAGUAUUGCAUUCAACUUGCACAUCGUAGCUGUGGCAGGACUAUACAGUUCUUUAGGUUUCGUUCUUUGUCAGACGAAGCCUCUUUUUAUUAGUUGAUCUCUUUCUUGGUUUUUAAUGUUGGAAAAUUUUACGCAUUUAAUAAAAUGCCAGCCUGACAAAUUUCGUCAAACGUCCCUACGCUUGCUAAUACACCGAAGUAAUGUAGCCUGAAAGUGUUGCAGCUGCCCUAUAGUCCAGACGAUGGCUGCCGCAUUGCUACACUACUACACCAGCGCAGUACGAGGCAUACUUUAAUUAAAUUAUCCCCAUCACCGUGAGCCCCGAACAAAUGCGCGUGACGCAAAGAAGUGGGAACGAGGGAAUGCAGGGCAGUUUCGUACCAUUUUGUCUUCAUCAAGUUCCGUUCGUCUUGUGAUGAGAAGUCGGACGUUGGACACAGGCAGCUGCCAGUUGCCGUUGUUGCCUUGUUCCUUCGUGUGGGUAAGCUUUUUCGGGCUAGCCAGUAAUUAAUUCAAAUCUCCCUAAUUACCGCAAUUUGGCAACUUCGACCGCGUGCGUGUGUGUGUGCAUGUUCGUGCACCAGAAAGAUCGGUAGGAAGUCACUCAAAAGUUGUGCGCAUAUUAACCGACCGUGGUGCAAGCGAUUCGUUUGAACGGUACGGUUUUUAUAGAAACAACCAGGCGCCUCCAUCAACUGUGCUGGCUAAUACGGUGCUGGAAAUUGUAGUCGUUCGGCAGCCGUUUCCCUGCCAGCAAUUGUAGCACUCGGUAGCGAUCUGAUUAAUGGGUGCACAUAAACCUGAACAGCAAGCGGAAGACGGUAGCCGUUUGGUAAAUAAGGUGGGUGCCGCCUCCCGAGUGCCUCGCCAAUUCUUCUUCUGCACACAUCGCACAUAAAUCAAGCAAACUUUCACCAAUUACAAUGUCAAAAUUUUAAAUUUUCCUCAUCAGCAGACAGGAGAUUUAUCGCUGCCUAGCGGGCGCAACCAGCGUCAGGAUAACUAGCGCCGGGAGUGGUGUAGGAAAAGCGUACUUUCACUCGGUGGCCGAUCGGGCCCGGGGGAAAAGGGUGAAGAAAAAUGAGCUUUCUGCUUCUUCGCACAAAAUUUCGCAGCAGAAGCAGAAGCCAGUUCCGGUUGCUGCUGAUGAUGAAUGGAAAUCUUCGCAUCACUCGCUUCGUAUUGUGCCUAGACAGCGCAGAAAGGGGUUUUGCGCUCGGGUAUUUAGAAAGUAGUCCAAUUUGAUGGAUCACAUCCGUGUGGCAUGUGGUUGUAAUGGUUCCGCUUUGGGACAUUGAGAUAUCCUUGGCUGGGAGACGUAAAUUCCGGUCCUUUUGUGAAGGUUGUUCCAGUGUGAUUACGCGCUCCCAGUACGACCUCGAACUGCGCACGGCCAGAUAACGUUUUUGUACAGAGACGCUGGAGGCAGCUGGAGGGGAUACCUUACCGUGCCAAUGAUUAUGAAUGAUCGCGAUAAGCAUCAGAACUCGUUAUGCAUCGUUAUUGGGCGUCACUAGUGCGGCAUAGUAUAGUGGCACCAGGCGGUCGCCUGUGGAGUUGUCGCACGAUUGGUUUAAAACAGGACACAUGGAUCAACGAGCUCUUACAGGGGGCUUUGAGAGGUAUGGUGUGCCGUGGAAAACAAGACUUACAGGCAACAGUAACUUAAUUGAUGUCUUUCACCCACAAAUAACUCCAUUACCGGCAGAACAUAGCCUAGGGGCCUUGGAAAACACAACCGUAUAAUUAUUGACUCGUGGUCAAUGUUGUGAAACUGUGCUGCGGGAAAGUUGCCGACAUGCAAUCCCUUGUAAACGAAUGCACGCUUAAUGUCAGUGAAUAGUAGCAGUUAUAAACGAUGAUUAGUGUCCUGUACGGGUCUUUUUCGAUGCCUUCAUCUUUCGCUACAUAGCUUCAGAACUAGCCUAAUGGAUCUGUCACGCAGAGCUGUUUGAUGGUUAUACAGACGUACAGGGUGUUCCAACUGGAAGUUUUUCCUAGCUUGACAAUGUAAUGCUACAAAAACGUGAUAUUCAGAAAUAUUAUACAGAACUUGAGAGACUCUUUGAAAGGUAGUGAAAUCAGUUGUUCUUUCGUCCCCGUCGAGCUCCGUCGAUUGGCAUGAUUGUCACGAAUCACGCCACAUUGGAUUGGUUCGCAAAUAUACUUUCUUAUCUCUAAUUGAGAGUGUCACAAGCAAACGGGAUCCACCACUUCCUUCAGCCCCGUGUGCGUAAAGGGUGUUUCAAUGCGAUGGGAAACGCUUAUCCAAAAGCACAUACCAUUCAUCAUUCGCUGCCAUCACGCCCCUGUUGGAGCAAGCAGACCGAACACCGACCUACAGCUCUAAUGUGUCUCAUUAUCGCGUCGUGUCGAUCUAACACCGUCCCUUCUAACGAUAUGGCCAAAAGUGUCUCUCGUUAUUCAGAUUUUCGGGGUGGCUCGGCCGGCUGCGUCUCUUUCCGUCUAAUUAGGCUUCUAGUGCCCUUGGGGUGUGAUCCCAAAGACAAUCUUCAGCCCGGAAGGAAUUCGUGAUGGAACCUUGGCCAGCUCGCAGCAAUCCCACAAGAGCGUUGUUUGGGCGGUGAUUUUGUGAAUCCUAUUAAUUUCCCUCAUCGCCGUAACGUUCUAUCCGUGUGCCAGGAAACACAAAUGUCCCCUCGAUGUCGAUCGACGAACGGUGAGAGCAGUCUCUUGAGUGGGCUCCAUCUACAACUGUUGGAAACGCUGGUAGGACGUGGAAGGACGUCUAAGCCACAAGGACAGGUUCGGUACGGACGUAACGGCGUGACGACCAUUUCUAUGGGUAAUAUCAUUUUAAUUGCGUCUUCAUUUACGUAAUCUAUGCUUGCGGAAGGCUCCAGACCGUUCAACCACAAUCGUCAUUAAGCAUAUCAGCAGCAGCAGCAGCAGCAGACAGAAGAUUGGGUUUUAUUUCAAGGAAUCGGCAAUGGUGUGAUGGGAAACACAACAACUGCAGCUUAUCGAACAUUGACUAGACGGUUCUAAUUUGUGGUGUGUUUAGAAUCUGGAUUGGUAUGAAAAAAGCUUUCCGAUAAUUGACAUGCUGAUAUUUAUAGCUUGUAGCUUCAUACGUGUGAAGGCCAUAUAGCUUCCUAAUAGUUGGCGUGGCUUUCUCGCUACGACUCCAAAAUCGAACAUAAAAGAAUGAAAAAUCAGGAAAAAUUCAGUCUCAAAAUACGGUUCUGUCCUGUAUUUUAAAAAGUAUUCAAAACUUUGUCAUUUGAAGAAAAAGCGAAUAACAACCCGGGUUCCACUCUCGCUUUGAACCACACUCUAAAAGGUUUCACAAGUGCUUGGCAAGUCACUGUACCGUUGCCAGCGUGCGUUCGCAUCGUAUCCCUGCGAAUAAUGUGAAUCAUGGAGUACGGGUUCGGAAAUGGAAUUAUGCUUUCUUGCAUGAGAUAUGUAUUUGCGAUUGUCCUAGCAGCUGAAAGGAUCAUCAUCAGCAAAAGGGGAAAAGUUGAAAGAGUCUCCAUCGCCGUCGUCGUCGUCGUUUCGUGUACCAUAUACUUUACCAUUUGUUUGGACACUCUUCACGCAGGUUCUGGGGCCUCUCAUAUAUAAA